AAGAAAGGCUAAGAUGGAGACGAGAUCACACCCUUGGGGAAGGGGAGUGCAGAGCAGACUUUGGGGAAAACAGCAAUUUCAAAAAGCAGAGAUAUGGAAGGUGGGAAGAGCAGGAAGCAUGAACCCCACCGACCUCUCACGUAGUCCAGGGCCAGAGGGUCACAGACUCCCUGGAAUGUAUGUUUCAUGAGGGCAGCACCUGGAACAGGGCCCAGCACAUAAUAGGUGCUCAGUUAAUACUCCAUAAGUAGAUGCUCUUUCCCAGACCCCAAGCUGUUUGCCUUAAAGUCCUACUUGAAACGCUGGAAAAGCAAGUCACAAGCAAGACUUGUCCUAGAUAAAGUAAAGUGUGAGGAAGGGGUGCAAAUCAAGAUUUGAGGCAUACCUGAUGUGGACCUCUGAGGAUCAGAGAGGUCCUAGUCCCAGCUCAUCCACCAACUUGCCAUAUGACUUUGGGCAAGUUGCCUCCAUUGGAAAAGAAUACAAGGAAACUCAGCCAAGAAUGUUUAAAGCAGCUGGCAAUCAAGAAGCAGCAGCACGUUGACAACAUAACCCAGAUAGAAGAUGCCACCGAGAAGCUCAAGGCUAAUGCAGAGUCAAGUAAAACCUGGCUGAAGGGGAAAUUCACUGAACUCAGAUUACUACUUGACGAAGAGGAAGCGCUGGCCAAGAAAUUCAUUGAUAAAAACACACAGCUUACCCUCCAGGUGUACAGGCAACAAGCUGACUCUUGCAGAGAGCAACUUGACGUCAUGAAUGAUCUCUCCAACAGGGUCUGGAGUAUCGGCCAGGAGCCCGAUCCUGUCCAGAGGCUUCAGGCAUACACGGCCACCGAGCAGGAGAUGCAGCAGCAGAUGAGCCUCGGGGAGCUGUACCAUCCCGUGCCCCUCUCCUUUGAGCCCGUCAAGAGCUUCUUUAAGGGCCUCGUGGAAGCCGUGGAGAGUACAUUACAGACGCCAUUGGACAUUCGCCUUAAGGAAAGCAUGAACUGCCAGCUCUCAGACCCUUCCAGCACCAAGCCAGGUACCUUGUUGAAAACCAGCCCCUCACCAGAGCGAUCGCUAUUGCUGAAAUACGCGCGCACGCCCACGCUGGAUCCCGACACGAUGCACGCGCGCCUGCGCCUGUCCGCGGACCGCCUGACGGUGCGCUGCGGCCUGCUGGGCAGCCUGGGGCCCGUGCCCGCGCUGCGGUUCGACGCGCUCUGGCAAGUGCUGGCUCGCGACUGCUUCGCCACCGGCCGCCACUACUGGGAGGUUGACGUGCAGGAGGCGGGCGUCGGCUGGUGGGUGGGCGCGGCCUACGCCUCCCUUCGGCGCCGCGGGGCCUCGGCCGCCGCCCGCCUGGGCUGCAACCGCCAGUCCUGGUGCCUCAAGCGCUACGACCUUGAGUACUGGGCCUUCCACGACGGCCAGCGCAGCCGCCUGCGGCCCCGCGACGACCUCGACCGGCUCGGCGUCUUCCUGGACUACGAGGCCGGCGUCCUCGCCUUCUACGACGUGACGGGCGGCAUGAGCCACCUGCAUACCUUCCGCGCCACGUUCCAGGAGCCGCUCUACCCGGCCCUGCGGCUCUGGGAGGGGGCCAUCAGCAUCCCCCGGCUGCCCUAGGGGCCAGGACCGGCGUGACAGCCUCCAGGUACGCCGCAGCUGCCCAGUCUCGCCUAAUCUACCUAGAUCAGCGUGGCUGGUCCCCUUACUGCCUGCUUCUUAGGGCCCUCUCCCUGCCCCAGCUUUCCCCGACCAAUCACGCCUACAGUGCUUUGAAGGUUUCCUCUCCUAGGCUAGUUUCAAACAGGCCCUAAGCAAGUCUGCUGCUGCCCUCUCAUCAGACCUCCGCACCCUCACCCCACCAUCACUUACACUACUUUAAUCCAGUUCCUUCAAAGUGAUACCCCCACAGGUAAGCCCUCAGCAUCCUGAAUACAUCAUCCGCAGCCUGGGAACCUUCUCCCUCGUACAGCACAGGAACCUGACACAUAGUAGGCACACAGUAAACGUUUGUGAAUGAAUGGGAGUCAUCCAGUCCUGACUCUUCGGUCUCUUGAGGUCCCUCGAAUCUUCCGCUUCCUCCCCACCGAUUUCAGCGUGUCCACAUCACAGCUCCCUCCAGAAGCUGCAAGAGCUUCUUAGCAGUUCCUGGUCUGAACCCUCUCCCAGUCCUCAUCUUCCACCCUAAAACUAGAGUGAUCUUCCUAAAACUUCACUUAACCCCUCAGCUAUGAAAAGGCUUCCAGGAGUUUCCAUGAAAUAACAAAAAAAAUACAAGCGCCUCACCUUAGCAUUCAAGGCUUGUCUAGUCUGCCCAAAAUUACUUAUCCUCACCUAGCUCCUACCACUCUUCUUAGAGACUCUCCAGUCAGAAAUGUGUCGCAUAGUUCCACCUCCACACCUCUCUGCUGUCAGCAGCACAUUCAUGCAGAAAAGUCUUUUCACCUGUCUCAGUCUUCCCCAGGCUUACCUGCGCCAGGAAGUCUAACCAAGGAACAAGAAUCUCACUAUCAGAGCCACAAAUCUGGGACCUGUCUUUCCAACUAAAUUGGAGGCUUUGGAAGGGCAGCUUUGUCCUGUACUCUCUCCACCCUGAAAAGUUCCCAGAAAGCCCCUUCCCUCCCAAGCAGUGAAUUAAUAACCAGCAGGUGCCUAUCACUGAGUAACAGAAGAGCUGAGUUAGGCGGGCCUCACAGGUCACCCAGCCAGAUCUCAUUUGGGGAGUCUGAGGUCCUGAAAGAAAGCAGAGCUGCGUAAAGUUACCCCGUGGUGAUAUAGGGGGGCCAGACGUGUGCCCCGUUCACCCACCCCCAGGCAAGCAUCUGACCUGUCCCCUGGCCCAGCCCUUAGGCCCAGCUUUCAACCUGCUUACUCAUUUCUCAGGGGAUUUUGGGAAGGAAUCAGCAGGUGACAGUUGCUAAGCAACCAAAGGGGGUGGUGUUUCCCAACUGUCUUGGGACAAAAAGGGUAAGAGCACCCUUAGAUCCAGAUGUUGCCAAGGAAACCCAGAGCGCCCAGCUGUCUGGAAUGAAGUGACACAGGUAGAAAACAGUAGGCCCUCACAGGAGGCCACCUUCUCUAGCAGGGAGGGGGAGGCCUCUUCCCAGGGAUUUGUGUCUCCGUUCUGAAGGUUCUGCGUCCUGUUUUGUCAAUUCCCUAGACGGUUUUGAACUUAUAUUCUGUUAAAGCAUCUUCAUAGGUGCUUGGUGGGAGGCCAAGGUCGCCGAAUCCUCGUGGUUUAAACAGACUUUCAGUGCAUUAGUUUGAACCAUAUAAAACUGACAAUUUUCAAUAGUUUUUGAGUUAAAAACGGCACUUUUGAUAUGAGACAAUGUAGCAGAAUACCAGGCAGACAGAACCUUGCAAACGCCUUAACUUCUAACCAAAGACUUUAAAACUCUGGCUGGACAGAGUUUUAAAGCACUAUGCUGCAGGAAUCCUGAGAAAAAGGGGAAAUUAAUUCUACUAGGAAUGGCCCAGACUGAAUUGUGACAGGCAGAGGGCGUUCCUGACAGAGGGAAGAUGAAUACACUUGACCCCAACAUUUCUGUCCAUCCCUGAUGACCAAGACCUCUUCCCAGACCCACAGCUGCAGGGGCCAAGUAAUAACAGCUCUUAAUAGUUUAUAAUGCACUGUUUUAAUGCUUUACGACUAAACUCAUCUGAUCCUUUCAUCAGCCCUAGGGGGUAGAAAGUUUUCCCAAUUCUACACAUGGCAAAAUGGAGACCCAGCGUCACUUGCCCAAGGUCGCACAGCUAGUGGUGGAGCUGGAGUCUGGGCCCAGGCUGUGAGUUCCAGGUCUGUGCUCAUGGCCACCAGGCUCUACUGCUCAGGGUGAAUGCAGCUGGUCUCUGGCCAGUGCCUGGUGCUCUGGCCCCUCUUGUGGAGCUACUGCCCAUGAUGCUUUCCUAGUGCCUGGUUACUCGGCGAGACUUGAGUCUACCUUUGGACUGCCUUCCUUGGGGUCUGAGAUGAGGCCUUAUGGCCCAGAGGGGAACUUGAUUCAAAAAUUUGGGAUUCAUGUAGCAGAGACAGAGCUAGACUAUAAAGGUCACAAACUAGCUGUGCCAAGGCCCGUGAUAGCCAGAAAGCCGCAGUUUCAGUCCAUGUCAGUUGUGUGACCAGGGCUAGUCACUUUUUACUUCUCAGUGCCAUCUAUAAAAUGGGGAUAAUAGCACUACCUACCAAGUGCUGUGAGGCUCAAAUGAGCCAAAGGUUAUAAACUUGCCUUAAAACUAUAGUCCUAUACAAAAAUUAGCCGGGCGUGGUGGUGCAUGCCUGUAAUCCCGGCUACUAGGGAGGCUGAGGCAAGAGAAUUGCUUGAACCCAGGAGGCGGAGAGUGCAGUGAGCUGAGAUUGCACCACUGCACUCCAGCCUGGGGACAGAGCAAGACUCGGUCUCAAAAAAACAAAAACAAAAAAACAUAUAUAGUGCUGUAUCAUGCCAGGAUUUAUCAGCAUUCCCAAGGGAGCUUGCACGGCACUGACCGAGUGCUGAGACUACUGGUAUUCCCAGCUGCCAUGUGGCAGCAGCAGGAGCUACUAGAAUAUUCUCAGCACAGGAAUGAGGCUUCCUUGGUUUGCAUGUCUGUAAGGGUUACUGAUCACUUACCUUCUUCUCUUUCAGACUUGAAUCUGUAGACAUUUCUUUAUUGAUAUGGCAAAUUGCUUGCAGAUAUUUUUAAAUGACAGCAAUUUUCUAAUAUUUGGUUUAAUAAAAUGUGAAUAAUGUCCCUUUUAACCAUGGUCUUCACUGGGAGUUCAUGUUGCUUCAAGUCCCUAGCACCCAGACCCAGAAGGGCCUUUACUCAUAUCCUAUUCCUUACACAGCCUUCUGGUAGUAGUCAGCUGCUCCCUGAUUAACAAUCUCCAGGGAUGGGGCAUUCACUGCUUCUGAAGAUAACUCAUUAAAGUUCUCACUUACGUGUAAACAAACCCUGACUCCCAACUGUUCCCAUCCAAGAUCGUAUUAUAGCUUGAACUCCUGGUCUCAAGCAAUCCUCCCACCUCAGCCUCCUAAGUAGUUGGGAUUACAGGCUCACACAAGCACGCCUGGCUCACAUACCACCUUCUAACAUAUUGUGUGACUGAAUCACUAUGCUAUGGAUUUUUAUGCAUCUGCCCCCAUCUGAAUGGAAGUUCUCUGAGGAAGGGAUUGGGGCUUGUUCAUGGCCAUAUCCUCUGUGCCUAAAGCAGUGCCUGGCACAAAGAUGGCCCUCAAUAUUUGUUCAGAGAAGGAACACAUGCCAUUUCCCUCUCUUUGCUCUGAGAGGAGUGCUUUCAGCAUUUUCUGCCUACAAGAUCCUUUGACCAAUCCUUUCUCUGAUGUGGAGUGACUGCUAUACAAUGCCAACUAAACACAGAGGCCAAGGGCAGGAAAGGGAUAAAGACAAUGGAGAAGUAAAGGGCUGUAAGGAAGUGAGAAUGAAGGCUUAAAGGAAAGGACAUGUGCAGCCAGCUCUCAUCCCUCUCUGCAGCCACCCAGCAACUGGAGGAUAUGGACUUGGUUUGGAACCACCCCUUCUUCUGGUGCUCUGUUUAUAAUGCACUGUUGGCCAGUGCACUAAGCUGGCCAACUUGAAGGAGAGAUUGCAUCACUGGAUCUUUUUCUGUCUCCAGUGGGCUGACACAGGGCCUAGCCCAGAAACAUCUGCUGUCUAAGGAGCAGGUGGAGGUGGAUGACAGCCAGGUCCCUGGAGACCGCCAUUCCUGCCCUCGCCUCACUCAAACACACCCGACAGCAUCAGCAAGAGAACUGAGAAUUCAGAGAAUGGCACUUUAUUUUUAAGACUUGAUUUUUUUGCCAUGAUUAUCUACCAAUUCUUCCAUGAUGGUGUCAUCCUCUUCAACAGUGACCAGGACCUUCUUGCCCACUAGAUUAAAGAUGUCUUCAGGAGGAUAGCCUUUGGGCUCACCCACCUUCACGGUGAGCAUGUCCAUUGUUAGAAUGGUGCCUUCCGGAAUUUUCACUUUGGCCACCACAGACUUGCCCAGCUGUGGACAAAAUGAACAUUCAGUGCCAGCUUCACAGAAGUUAACUAGUGCACACUACUUUACACUCAAGGUCCCUGAUCAGUCUUCCCCAGGCAAUACCUUGGGAGCAGGCACUCUGUUGCCCCCUACACUGCUCAGAAUAUCUCAUACAUGGCAGGAAUUCAACCAGUAUAGAUUGAAUUCAGAGACUCAGAGGAGGAGCCUUUACAAUAAAGUGCAAAGGAAAGGGCUGAGGCUAUGUAGGCGGAGCCAGGUUCAAAUCCCAGUCUGUGGGGUAUAGGCCAUGUUUUAGUUUCUCUGUCAAAUGGAAACUAUCCUGUCAGAUGACUGUAAGGAUUGGUGAUAUUACAGAAUGUACCUGGAACAUAGAAUGCUCUCAAUACAUGCAAACUCUGAUUCUUUUGGUUACCAUCCAGCUCAGUAUCUCAUUGUAAACAUGGGGAAACCGAGGCCCAUACAGGGUGGGUGACUUGGCCAGGGUUGCAGACAGCCAAGAUGAAACAUAGGGAUGAGAUUCUUAACUCCUGACACACCGUUCUCCAGGGCACACACCUUACCGCCACUUUGUUUGGUAAAAUAGAAAUAUGAAGGACUCAUAAGAUGGUGAAUGUGGCUGUUAUGCAGAUGGCAAGAAAAGGAGCCCCCGAGGAAGGGGCAGAUGAGGGAAUGAAGGGUACCUGAAGCUCAUGACCAGUGUUUGUCUUCUCCAUAAAUGCUUUCAAAUAAAUUACGUGUUUUAUUACUCUAUAUCCUCCACGUAAGAGUGCAAGGAAUCAAUUCUGCUUGGAAUGUGGUGCCAGGAAAAAAUGUCAAGUGAUAAUCAUGCAUCCUGUUAUGUUUUACUGUCUGCUCAGAGAGCCAAAUUAAGUGCUCAGCUGUUAUAAAUCUUACUCUGGUUUCUGGUCUAAUUCUCUCCUGUUUCCUCUAUAAAGAAACUAUUUCUUUUUACUUUAUUUUAA